AGCAGAGCAGUGGCCGGCCCCUUUGCGCAACACAGGGCUGGUGACGGAGCUUGUCGGUGCUGACUCGCCCAAGGGCAAAUUCCUUCUCUCCCCGACCGAGCGCGCUGCGAGCACCGCCUCUAAAACUCCUUGAGCGCCGCCUCCUCCGGAGCUCCAGUUUAGCCUUCGUGGCUUGGCUCAACCAGUGUUUCCAGGGGUCGUCGGAGGCAGCUGCACGAGCAACGAUGCCCUUCGUGGAGCUGCAGACUAACCUGCCGGCCUCUCGACUGCCCAGCGACCUGCUAGCCAAACUGUGCUCGGAGGUGGCCUCUAUCCUGGCCAAGCCCGUGGAGAGGGUGAACAUUACAGUAAAGAGUGACCUGCCCAUGAUGGUCGGGGGCUCCCAGGAGCCUUGUGUGAUGCUAGUUGUGUCUUCCUUGGAAGUGGUGGGAUCUGCGGAGCAAAACAAGGAGCACAGUGCAAAGUUCUUUCAGUUCCUCACCAAGGAACUGAAGCUUGGCACUGACAGGAUCAUCAUUCAGUUCCAUCCAUUGGAACGCUGGCAGAUUGGCAAGAAGGGGACUGUCAUGACUUUCCUGUGAAGUGUUCAAAAGUCCACCAAAUCAUCGCUCUUGGCCAAGGCCAUAAACUCCACUUAGUGGUGCUCUGCAGGACCCUUUGGGGUAUAACACCUUUUCUUUUCUCUGAAAUAAACCGAGUUUCCAGUUUAUCUAGCAAAGUGGUAAGAGAGGAUGUAACUCUUGAAGAACUGCAUGUGUGUGCUCACCUGUCAGACCAAGCCUUUUAUUACCUUCCAUUGUGUAGAUUUUGUGUGAGGUGCCUUUAUUCUGUAUGGACAACAUUUGUCAGCUACAGCCUCUUGAUACGCUGUUUGCUUGGGGACCAGUAAAGGCAAAUUACAUUCUGUUAACAAUAAACUUACCAAUUCAAUGUUCA